AGCCCACCGAAUCAGAUCGAACACAAAGCCUCAAGCAAACCGCCACUGGCAAUCUCAGACGAGGAAAGCCAAAACCCUAACCCUAAAAUCCCCCAAAUCAUGGCAUCGUCUCGCGUGAUGGCGUCGUCCUCCUCCGCCACCUCCGGCAUCACCCGGCAAUCCUCCAUCUACUCCCUCAAAUCUCUCGGAUCCAUGAAUAUCGACGAACUCUUCCGCAACAUCGACGCCGAGGGCUCCAGCGGCGGUGUCGGCAGCGGAGCGCCUCUCCGAGACGAUGUCGAGGCAAGGGAGCGGUCUAUGGAGGGAAGAUUGACGAGGCGGCGAGAUGACGCGUGAGGAUUUCUUUGCUAGGCUGGGCGGUGACGGAGGAGGACGUCAAGGUCCCGAUUGGAGAAAUCGGGUCGGGUCGGGUCGGGAUUGUGGAUCCGAUAAGGGGAGGAGGGAGGGGGAGGAAGAGGGACAAUACGAUGGAUCCGGCGGAGAGGGCGGCGUUGCAGGGGAAGAAGAGGAUGAUCAAGAAUCGGGAGUCGGCAGCGAGAUCUAGAGAGAGAAAGCAGGCUUAUACUGCAGAGCUAGAGUCUUUAGUGACGCAGCUUGAAGAGGAGAAUGCUCGGCUGUUGAGACAUCAGGAGGAAAGAAAGAGGAAGAGGCUUAAGCAGCUGUCGGAAAGUCUGAUCCCAAUCACAGAGCACAGGAAGCCAUUGCGUCCUCUUCGAAGAACACACAGUAUGCAGUGGUAGGGCAUUUAUCAUUCCCCUUGUGUAAAUGAAGAGACAUGGUUAAGGCCUGGGUUUUUUUUUCAUUCAUCAAGAUCCCAUGUGGCCACCUGCAACAUAUACACUUUAAAUGUGUUACUAAAAUAGAUGUAAGACGUGAGUGUAGUCAUAAGAUCUCGAUAGUCGAUCCCUGAGAGGGCCUGAGAUAUGUAUUAACUCGGUACUUCAGACGUGUUGCUCUCGUUGAUAGCGUGUAGAGAGAUGGUGAGAAUAAUAUAUGUGUAUAUCUUGUGUAAAGAUGUAAUUUUCAAAUGAUUCUGUCUGAUCAAACAUGCUGUAGUUCGUUUAUGAA